AUGAUGACCAGCCGCUUAAUACCACGGACUGUCGUCCGCUCGGGUUUCCGAACACAAUCUUCUCUCCCCACAGUCACCAGCCCUCUAUCGCGAUGGAGAAGGGGUUAUGCUACUGAGGCCGAGGAGAAGGACCUGGUUAUCAUCGGAGGUGGUGUUGCAGGAUAUGUCGCAGCCAUCAAGGCCGGCCAAGAAGGCCUGAAGGUCACAUGUAUCGAGAAGCGCGGCGCGCUCGGUGGUACUUGUCUCAACGUCGGCUGCAUCCCGUCGAAAUCCCUCCUCAACAACUCGCAUCUAUACCACCAGAUUCUCCACGAUACCAAGAACCGAGGUAUCGAGGUCGGCGAUGUCAAGCUUAACCUGGCGGGCAUGAUGAAGGCCAAGGACACCUCCGUCACCGGUCUCACCAAGGGUAUCGAGUUCCUCUUCAAGAAGAACGGCGUCGAGUACAUCAAGGGAACUGGCGCUUUCGCCGAUGAGCACACGAUCAAGGUCGCCCUGAACGACGGCGGCGAGACCAGUGUCAGGGGCAAGAACAUCCUCAUCGCCACCGGUAGCGAGUCCACCCCCUUCCCCGGCCUCGAGUUCGACGAGAAGCGUGUCAUCACCAGCACCGGCGCCCUGGCCCUCGAGAAGGUCCCCGAGAAGAUGGUCGUCAUUGGUGGUGGUAUCAUCGGUCUGGAGAUGGGUUCCGUCUGGUCGAGACUCGGCGCAAAGGUCACCGUCGUUGAGUUCUUGAACCAGAUCGGCGGUCCCGGCAUGGACUCGGAGAUCUCCAAGCAGGCUCAGAAGCUCCUGAAGAAGCAGGGUAUUGACUUCAAGCUUGGCACCAAGGUCGUCAGCGGAGACGCUUCCGGCGACAAGAUCAAGCUCGAGGUUGACGCCGCCAAGGGUGGCAAGCCCGAGACUAUCGAUGCCGACGUCGUCCUCGUUGCCAUUGGUCGCCGCCCCUACACUGCCGGUCUUGGUCUCGAGAACGCCGGUCUUGAGGUUGACGAGCGCGGCCGCGUCGUCAUUGACUCCGAGUACCGCACCAAGCAGUCGCACAUCCGCUGCAUCGGCGAUGUCACUUUCGGCCCCAUGUUGGCUCACAAGGCCGAGGAGGAGGCUGUCGCCGCCAUUGAGUACAUCAAGAAGGGAUACGGCCACGUCAACUACGGUGUCAUUCCCUCCGUCAUGUACACUCACCCCGAGGUCGCUUGGGUCGGUCCCAACGAGGCCGAGCUCAAGGAGGCCAAGAUUCCCUACAAGGUCGGCACCUUCCCCUUCAGCGCCAACUCUCGCGCCAAGACCAACCUCGACACGGACGGUAUGGUCAAGAUGUUGGCCGACCCCGAGACUGACAGGCUGUUGGCUUGCCACAUCAUCGGUCCUAACGCCGGUGAGAUGAUUGCAGAGGCUACCUUGGCUCUGGAGUACGGCGCAUCAACGGAAGAUAUUGCCCGCACUUGCCACGCUCACCCUACAUUGGCUGAGGCGUUCAAGGAGGCCGCCAUGGCCACUUACUCCAAGGCCAUCCACUUCUAA